AUGGAUUCUACCGUGAAGCGAGACACAAGCUCAGAGGCGGUGCCAUCGGCAAAGUUCUUACAAGCAAGAAUUACGGCUCUCUCCACCACCUUGAUCAAGAGAUUGGAAAACAUCUUUGCAGUGGCCCUGGAUGAGACGGGCCCACAGUCGAUGUUUCCUGCCGGGGGCAGCGAUGUACCACCUCCUCCGUCGUUGACAGACACGUCAGUCCAGCAGUUCCAGCUCGACGUCGAAUCUACCGCAGUCAUCCGAGCAGCGGAAGAGAUCAUGAUGUUGACCCGCACGUUGAAGGAGAUAUGGUUGUUUGGUGGGUUGGACACACUGGAACAGGAUCAUCAUAACGAAGAAGAUGAAGCAAUGCGGAAAAAGAUGGAUGAAGACAUCAAAGUGGUUGAGGAUGGAUUCAAACGAUUCCUGGAAAGAUAUGAGACUGCUAUCGAGGUAGACACGACUAAGAAGACAGUCGCAGCAUGA